UUGUUCAAAGUUGGGAUUCUCUGUCAUGUUUUUGGAAUUGCAGGUUUAGUUAGUUACCUAUUCUAAUUGUUCCUUUCAGAUUCUUCUGUGAUGGACUCUAAUUUUUUCCACAAUCACAUGGCUUUCCUUAUUAAUUCACUUGUUUUGAGGUUCAUGUUGAUAAAUAAGCAGUUAAUUGAGUGAGCUUGGUUAAGAAGGGCCAGUCCGUAUGUAGAUAUAUGCCUGCUUGACAAUCUCUUCAAUUGCUGCUGUGUAACUUUAAAUAAUGGGUGCUUCGAACAUCGUAUUCAUACUAAUGUUAUCCAUUUGACUUAAAAUGGUUUUUUCCUUCUUUUUUUUUGUGAAGCCUGAUUUACCUUCUUGAUCUGUGGAUGAUCAAGCUUUCUGCUGGUAAUACCCCUUUGUUGUCAUUCAACUUUAGGUAAAUACUGUUCAAGAUUGAAGUCAUGUGCCUUAUGCUAGAAAUUGAUAUUUUCUAAUUGAAAUCGAUGGAUAAAUUGAUCAACUAGAUGCACCUUCACCUGGUAAUGGUUAUGUUUAAUGAUAGUGUAAGUCCCUGUGCACUUAUUUUCCUUUUAUGAGCAUGGGCUUCUUGUUUCUGUUAGUCCUGUUUGUUUCACACACUGCAGAAAUGGUGAGUUGAUCGUUGGUGCUUCUUGUUACGUGGCUGUUCCCUAUUCCUUUCCUUUAUUUUGGUAUCGUGCUCUUGGUUGUGGAGAAGAAGUGUUGAAGGACAUAGACUCGGAAUUCCGUAACGGCCACCAAACCGUACUUGAAUACAGAAUAUGGUUUUUGUUUUGGAUCAGCCGGAAAGGAAACUUAUUGAUCCUAAAGAUGAGGGUGGAACCCAACCUUUGACUUCAGAGCAGUUACCAGAUAGAUAUGCAACGUCAGCAACACAAAAGAACUCAGAAAUAUCAGCUUCUGAUGAUGAUAAUGCGGCUGUGAAAAGUAUGGAGACUGGAGAAGAACAGAAUGAGACAAGUAACUCACAAGAGAAGACCCUAAAGAAACCAGACAAAAUACUUCCAUGUCCCCGCUGCAAUAGCAUGGACACCAAGUUCUGUUAUUACAAUAAUUACAAUGUCAACCAACCCCGGCACUUCUGCAAGAACUGCCAGAGAUACUGGACAGCUGGUGGAACCAUGAGGAAUGUGCCUGUUGGUGCUGGUCGCCGGAAGAACAAACACUCGGCCUCCCACUACCGUCACAUAAGCGUCUCAGAAGCUCUUCAGAAUCCCCGAGCAGAUAUUCCAAAUGGACUUCACCACCCUACUCUGCAACCCAAUGGUACUGUCCUUGCCUUUGGAUCAGAUAAACCCCUUUGUGAGUCAAUGGCUUCAGUUUUGAAUAUUGCUGAAAAAACAGUGCGGAACUGCUCACAAAAUGGGUUUCAUAAAUCAACAGAACUAAGAAUUCCAGUUUCUUAUGCAGUUGGCGAAAAUGGUGAAGAUCAUUCUAGUGGAUCUUCAGUCACUGCUGCAAGUUCAAUGGAUGAGGUUGGUAAAACUGUGCUGCCCGACCCAAUGAUGCCGAACUGUCAGAGCUUUCCACCUCAGGGACCAUGUUUUACCGGGCCUCCUUGGCCUUACCCAUGGAAUUCAGCUCAGUGGAGCUCUCCAGUAUCCUCGCCUGCUUUCUACCCUGCUGGCUUUCCUAUGCCAUUCUACCCUGCAGCACCUUAUUGGGGUUGUACUGUGCCAGGAACUUGGAACCUCACUUGGGUCACCCAGCCUCCUAUGUCUCAAAACCAGAUGGCCCCUCCUCCAGGGCCCAAUUCUCCAUCCUUGGGGAAGCAUUCAAGGGAAUACGACAUGCUUAAAUCAACCAACGAACACAAAGAAGGGCCACAAAAAGAGAGUGAUCCUGAGAAGUGCCUUUGGGUUCCAAAAACUUUGAGGAUUGAGGACCCUGGAGAAGCUGCAAGGAGCUCUAUAUGGGCGACACUGGGGAUUAAACAUGAUACAGCAGAUUCUAUUCGCGGAGGAGGUCUCUUUAAGGCUUUCCAAUCAAAUGGUGACAAAAAGAAUCACACAGAAACCUCUACGGUAUUACAAGCCAAUCCAGCAGCAUUGUCGCGAUCGCUAGACUUUCAUGAGAGUGCGUAAGUGGAUGGCUGGAAAAGCUUUGUGAAUGAUACAUAAUGGUGGCAACGGAAGCACAAAGACUUUUUAGUUCAUGUGAAUUCGCUCUGAAUUUUAAUGUCAUAUUGUGACUUCACCAGGCCUGAUUAGCCAGCCACUCUUUAGAAGAAUCAGUUCUCGAUGGACCAACUGGGAAAAGCAGACAAGAGACUCCUGUUUGCUAAUAGAAAAGAAACUCCUGUGACAUAAAUCUCAAGAGAAGGGAGAUAGAAUUCGUUGGCUGAGGUAACAACUGAUUUCUACUUGUCUUUGGGUGGAAGUUCAAAUAGCUUCUUUUUGAUCUCAAUUAGAUGUUACGCUGAGUUCUUAGUGCAUGUACAUAUUCUUAUUUGAAGUAUUAAGAGCAUAAACAGAUUCCCAUAUGCAGUAAAAUAAAUUUGGUAAUAAAACUCAAGCAUUUCUCCUUGA